AUGGUAUCGGCCAAGAGGUUAGAGUGUUCGCCCCACAUGUGGAAGGAAUCUGAGCCAAAGCCUGCUGAGAAGCAGUUACAUCUUAAACAAAUUCAGCAAGAGUCUACAGAUGCAGUCAAAAGUGUUGUACAUGAAUAUAAGACCUUGAUGCAAUCUAGCCUGCAGACACACCAGGAGUCAGUGAACAGCCUUCUUCAUAAGAACAACAAGGAAAGAGAACUCCAGAUGGAGUUAGCAUUAACACAACAGAACAAAAAUGUGGAAGAAACUCUACAUGAAAUGAGGCAAAGCCUCAGGGAAGAAAUUGAACGUAUUGCUCAAGAAUCAGUACAGAGUUUUAAAGAUGAAAUGAAAGAAAUGUUAGAAAAAGAGAAAAAACAACUUCAGGAAGAAAUGCAGACAUCUUUAGAGGGAGAAAAAAAUCAGAUAAGUGAGCUUGUCCAGGAAGCAGUUUCAGCAGAGCAUGAGAGAGGAGCACAACAGCUGAAAGAGCAAAAGAAUCAAUUUAUCCAACUCCUAGAGGAAGAACGAAAAGAAUCUCUAACACAAACUCAGAAAUUACUGGAAGAACAGAGAAAACAAUUUCAGGAAUCUCUUAAACAACAUUUGGAGGAAGAGAGAAAAUCUCAUAAAGAGUCCAUGGACAAAGUCAUUGAAUUUGCUAAUGAGGAAAUGAGGGCAUAUCUAAAACAGGAGAGACAGAAGGAUAGGCAGCUACACCAAAGACAGCAUGCUAGUUUGGAUGUGUUCUUGAACAGUGCAAGACAACAAUUAACACUCUUGAUGGAGAAUGAUUCAGAAACCAUGUUACCUGGUUAUCAACAGCAAGGAGAAGAGAAAAGCAGCUCAUCAGUAGACAAAGAGUCACCAAAGCAGACAUACUAUGUGUAUAGCUAAUCAUAUCUUAUGACCAAAUAUGUGACUGAAAUUUAUUAUGACUGGAGAAUUUUGAAUGGAAAAAAUAGGGGUAAAAUUACCAUAAAAAGAAGCAAAUACAAAUUUUGGUAUUAUUGUGAUUGUUAACGUAUUACUUGUUAUUUUGAAUUUCGACUGUGAACAUUCCAAAAACCAGUUUGUCUAACAUAUCCUCAGUGGGCAUACAGAAAUCGUUUUAAUGCCCCCAAGAAUCAAAGCUUUUGGGACUUGCAUGUAGUUUUUUGCCUGUUCAUCUGUCUGUCCAUUUCUUUCAUGUCAAAAACAACUACAUUAUUUCUUUUAGAGGAGAGCUUUGAUUAAGGUGCAAUCCUUUCCAAUUGUACCAUAUUAAACAAUAUUUUGAUCCUUGACCCACCUAUCAAAAUUUUUUAAUUUGCUUUUAAUAUAUAAAACUUAUUUCCAAGAGCUCUAUGACAUUAGUAAAUUCAAUCCUUUGCAGGGGUAUAUGCAUUCACGUUUCACAAACAGAUCUUGUGCUUUGAAAGAAUUUUAAACAAUGUGUAUGUGCAGAUACUACAGAAUCUAAGACAUUUUGAUAGGUCAUCUGAGUCACUUAGGUGACCUAUUGCUAUUGGUCUGCGUCCAUCGUGCAUUAACAAUUGAGCAUUUUAAACUUCUCGAUAACUACCCUUCCAAUUCUUUUCAGAUUUGAUAUGAAGCAUCUUUAGUACAAGGGGGACUCCCUGCACCCCUUAGGUGUGGGGCAAAAAUGGACCAAAAUCUUCUUUACAACUGCACAUUGAUAAAAAAAAAAAAAUUGAAUGCCUAGUCAUGUAGGGCAGGAAGGCCUCUUCCAAAAUCGUAAAUUUCAUGAUUCCUUGGGUAAAGGUUCUGACUCUAUGGUGGGACCAAACUUGGCAUUUAGUUCAUAUGUAAAGCAUUUAAAUAACAUCUUUAUCUUUAGUGCUAUUAAUACUAAAUUGAAACUGAAUGAAUAUUUAGUAGGAGCAGAUAACAUUUUACCAAAUUGUGAAUUCCAUGAUCCCAGGGGUAGGGGUUUUGGUACCAUUGUGGGUUAAAAUCAGUUAUAAUGAUUAGAUGUCCUUAUCAUUUGAAAGACUUCUUUAAUUUUGCUGAUACUAUUAGAAGAAAAAAACUAAAUGCCUAUAAGGAAAAAACCCCAGAAAGGAAUGUACCAAAAUAAAGAAUUUCACAAACCCAGAGUUCUGACUCUAGGGCGGGUCUAGCUGCAGAACUGUAGCUCUCUGAAAAAAUAUUUUGACAUAACAGAGAGCUACAGAGCCGCCCCUUAUAAAAACCUUCGAUUUACGGCGCACAAAAAGUUGCGCAUGGUUGAGGCCUUAUAUCGUUGUAUUCUUGAGUUGCUGUUUCAUAUAUUUAAUAUCAAAAAAUUCUCUGUUAUGUCAAAAUAUUUUUUCAGAGAGCUACAGUUCUGCAGCUAGGGCGGGUCCAAAAUAGUCCGAUAGUGUUAUAUAACAUGUAAAGUCUUUCAUCAGUAUGGGCUCUUUCAGGGGCAUUUGUGUUUUUUCAAAAGAACACUUCUUACUGCUAAAUAUUAAGAAUUUACCUUAGAUAUGCAGAACAGGAAAAUUAUAGAUUUUGUAGCCAUUGGAGAAAGUGAUACUUUUAAUUAAUACUCAGUUGACCUAUAAGGCCUGUUGGUCUCUUGUUAUGAGAAAAGAUGUGAUUCACAGCACUGCACGCUUGGCAUGCUGACUUCUCAUUUUCACUGAUAAAUGUAUGCUUGUUGUGUUUGGUAGAAUUUGUGGAAAGUUUUUAAAGCAGUCACUUGAAAAUGUAUAUGAAAUAAUGAGAUAUACUCAGCAAACAGUGCAAUAAACAAUGCUUUAAAAAUGAUUGCGACUUUGUGAUGGUUCUGGGCCUUGUGUUGGUGCUUGCUAUGUAUUGUGUAUGUACACAUCUAGUUAUGGAGGUUCCUUUCAUCAUUAAGUUAAUAAUUGCUGUCCAUUUUCAAAAGUGGCCAACUCUGUUCAUGACAACUACAUUGCAGAAAUAUUGUACACAUGUCUGAGUUUACCUGUGGAUUUAGAAUGCAGAUGUCUUUAACAUAAAGCCUUGCACUCAGAG